AUGUUGGUUGAAAAGUAUGUCGAUCUGAAGACCGUUUACACACCAACAGACAUACAAGCAGACAUGCUAAGGAUACAUGGUAUUUCAUUAACAUACAUGCAAGCAUGGAGAGGUAAAAAAAAAGCUUUCGAGACAUUAAGAGGUGACCCUGCCGAAUCAUAUGGAAAAAUUCCAACAUAUCUAUAUAUAUUGGAGAAGACAUAUCCAGGGACAAUUGUGAAUUAUAAAAAAACAGAUGAAAAUCAUUUUUUAUAUUCAUUUACAGCACUUGAUGCAAGUAUAAGAGGCUGGGAGUAUUGUCGACCAAUAGUAGUCGUGGAUGGUACACAUUUAAAAUCAACAUACGAAGGCACAAUGUUGAUAGCUAGCACAUUAGAUCCAGGAGGUCACAUCUUGCCGCUUGCAUACGGAAUAGUUGAUUCAGAAAAUGAUGAUUCAUGGUUAUGGUUCUUUGAGAAUUUUAAAAAUGCAUUCGGUGAAAGGGAAGAUAUGUGCUUUGUUUCUGAUAGAAAUAAGAGCAUUUGGAAUGCUACUACAGCUGUUUAUCCCGAAUUCAGACAUUACGCAUGCAUAUACCAUCUAUGGACCAAUUUACUAAAGAAAACAUACAGAGAUACAGAAGAGGUUAGACCAUUAUUCUUCAGUUUAGCCAAAGCUUACACUGUUCAAGAGUUUGAUGAAUUGAUGACAAGGAUGGAUCAAAUUAAUCCAAAAUACUGUGCUUAUCUACAAAAAGCAAAGUACGAGAAAUGGUCACGCGCACAUUCACCAGUAAAAAGGACUUGGACACUAACAAGUAACAUUGCAGAGUCACUAAAUAACGCUAUUCUUGUUGGAAGAAGGUUACCAGUGGUACCAUUGUUGGAAUUUGUUUGA